ACACCAACCUUGUACCAAAUCCAGUGUGAUACGACACCUAUACUUCCCCAUCAACUUCACUACUGUAUUCUCUCUAACUACACCUCCUUUUUACUCACAAUGUCUGCAAGUAAGGCUGAAGGGCGUCGAGAGGAUGCACUCGCAAAGCAACGCACCCAAAUGCGCGAAGAGUUUGAACGGCAAAAGCAGACUCUCAUAAACGAAACUGAGAAAGCUCGCCCUUCAUCAAACAAGUUCGUUGGUCAAAAUGAUUCCAUGGAAGAAACUCUCAAAUACAGCACAAUUGGCUUGGUCAAGUUAGAGGAAUUCCAACAGAGGAGGAAAGAGCUUGAGGAGGCGAAAGCAAGGGAGGCAGCAAAAACCAGUGAUCUCAAGGAAGAGACAAGAAAGGUGAAGAAACGGAAAAAAGCUGCCAAGGCCACGUUAUCAUUUGCCAUGGAUGAUGAAGGUGAUGAAGGAGAGGGAAAGGAUUCUGGUCGCACAUCUGAGGAUGAUGCUGGUGAACAAACGGCAAAGCGAAUGAAGUUUCGUAAAAAUCCAAACGUGGAUACCUCCUUUCUACCAGACCGGGAACGAGAGGAAUCCGAGAGAAAAGAAAGGGAGAGGUUAAGGCAGGAAUGGCUGAGAAAGCAGGAAGAAAGCAAACAAGAAGAUAUCGAAGUCACCUACUCAUACUGGGAUGGCAGUGGCCACAGAAAGAGUGUCACGUGCAAGAAAGGUGAUCAUGUCAGCACAUUCUUAGAGAAAUGCCGGCAGCAAUUCCCAGAACUGAGAGGCGUCAGUGUCGACAAUCUCAUGUAUGUCAAGGAGGAUCUUAUAAUACCACAUCAUCACACCUUUUAUGAUUUCAUUAUCAACAAAGCUCGUGGCAAGUCCGGCCCUCUGUUCAACUUCGACGUCCAUGACGAUGUCCGCAUGUUGGCUGAUGCCACGAAGGAAAAGGACGAAUCGCAUGCAGGAAAGGUGGUCGAGAGAAGCUGGUAUCAGAGGAAUAAACACAUUUUCCCUGCGUCCAGGUGGGAGGUGUUUGAUCCAGAAAAAAGCUAUGGAAAGUACACCAUUGCUUAGUUUCUUUGACGAGAAAAAAAUAUGAUAGUUUAUGUACAAGCUUCCAUACCCGUUGUGGCAAUAUAAAAUUG